UUUUUUCAUUAGCUCUUUAGGAACCACUCGGAUUAUUAAACUAUUGUAAUUUACUGUAAAGGAAUUUACUCAUUUCUAGUAAGGGGCUUGUUUCAUAUUUUAUUUUAGAUGAUGUUUUGAGUAAUUACUUCCAAUGUUUUUAUUAAAAAUGAAUUUUAAAUAGUUUAAAUAUUAGUAUUUUUGGAUAUUUGUAACUUUUUUUUGACAUUGAUCCAUUUUAUUUUAAUAAGUUCAUGAUAUUAUCUCAUCAUGAAGAUUGAAUUCUCAAAAGGAAGUGUACUUAUCCGAAAUGUUGGUGAAUAUGACGUAAAGAUUUAUGUUGGUCAGGGUGAAUGUUCCAAAAUGUUUCGAGCACAUACAGUUAUAUUGACCACUCGUUGCGAGUACUUUAAAAUAGCUUUGUCUAACACAUGGGCUACACAAGAAGGUGGGUCAACUGUUUUUGUGAAACCAAACAUCCACCCAACAGUUUUCAACUCCGUACUUAGUUAUAUAUAUUCUUGUAAACUUUGUUUUGUUGAAGAAGAUUCAGGUCCGGACAUUUAUGAUCUGCUGCUUGCUUGUGAUGAAUUAAUGUUACAUGAACUUGCAAUACAUAUUCAAGAACAUCUUAUUCGACAAAAUGUUGAUUGGGUGAAUGAAAACUUGGUGACAAUCCUUCGAUCAACUUGGUUGAUUCCUACGUGUAAUAUGAUACGACAAUUUUGUGUUGAAAAGAUUUGUGAUGAUCCUUGGUUGUUGUUUGCAUCAGAUAAAUUUUAUCAGGUUGAAGAUGAAAUAUUGGUUGCUAUACUUCAACGUGAAGAUUUAUCCUUACCUGAAAUGUAUAUAUGGAAUAAUGUAAUAAAAUGGGCUACGUCUCAAUUGAAUGUAGAAUUAGAUUCUAAUGUAUCAAAAUGGGAAUUGAAAGAUUUUGCCUUAUUGGAAGAAAAAAUGCAUAAAUGCCUUCCACAUAUAAGGUUGAAUAAUAUUGAUAUGGAAGAAUAUUAUCAUAAUGUCCGACCUUUCAAGAAAAUAUUUUCAGAACAAAUGCAAGAGAGAAUUGAAGAAUUUUAUUUCACUGGUAGAAAAUUGGAUAUAUCAUAUAAUCCUAGAUUACCUUUCAUUAUUGAUUCUUGUCUGAUAAAAUAUGAACAUGCGGCACUAUUUGCUCAUUGGAUUAAUCGUGGGGAAGGAAAAGUAUCAACAAGGGAAAAGAAUCCAUUCAAUUUUAGGUUAUUAAUACGUGGAAGUGAUAAUGGAUUUUGUGGUGAAGUUUAUGAUCGAAUCAGAUUUGAAUAUCCUGCUUUAUUAGUAUUGAUCCUUACAGAUUCUGGAGAAAUGAUUGGAGGUUAUCAGAGAAUAAAUAGUUAUUAUUGGAAAAUGUUUGGAUAUGAUUAUGAUCGGGAAAGUUUUUUGUUUCGUAUUAAUCGUGCAGAUUUUAAAAGAUCAGUGAUAAGUCGUGUUGUUCGUCCAACUCACGCUGUAUAUAAUCAACAAGGAUGGGGUCCAUGUUUUGGAGAAGGAGACUUGUGGUUAAAACGUCAUUUUCGUGUAUCUGAAGAAUGUGUUUGCAGGAAAGCUUCCUAUGAAUUCCAGAUUGUACGUGAUGAAUCUUUUACGGUAAAAGAAUAUGAAAUAUUUGAAGUUACACCUGCUUGAGAAGAAAAUAUCACAGAACAACCACCUUUUGAAUAGGCAAAUAUGUAUAAAAUUAUUUGUAAAUUUGUAGAUAAUCACUUUAAUAUAAUUGAUAUGUAAAAAAAUUAAUUUUUUGGGUUUACUACUUGAUUGGAAUAUAUAACAAUAAUAAAGACAUUUUUUAC